AUGGCACAAACACGCCAACAGGCCCGCCAAAAGGCAUCUUCUCGCAAUCAAAAAAAUGUCACACUCAAUUCUCACAUAAAGAAGCCGUCUCAAAGAUUCAAAGGCCCAAAAGGCACGAUUUCCAAGUCUACCGUUCCCGCGAAGCCAAAAAUCGAGUUUCUCCCAGCCUUGUUGUUGAGCUUGUGCUACCCAGAUGAAGAUACAACUCUUAUACGACUUGAAGACUACGUUCUUGAUGAAGAAGAAGCGGAAGAAAGCACUGAACAGAUUUAUAAUCUGAUCAAAUCGGUUCGCAAGCUCGAAGUGCCAGAUCAUACCACCCGCCAGAACGCUCUAGAGGAUGAGAUGGAUGCCGAACGCGCAAAGGAACCUACAGAGACAGAAGGGGAACAUGAAAAGCGGAUGGGUCGUGUGAGCCAUUGGGUUAGAUCCUUGCCUAUUCGUGAAGCAAAAUGGAUAUGGAGAGCUCGGGUGGUGAUUGAGGCAAUGGGUCUCUUUCUUGGAUUGUCUGAUACCCAAUAUUCUGAACUUAAAUCGGGAGCGCUACGUCGAUUCCACCCGAAGGCAUUCUACAUGUAUUCAUGGAUUUGUCUUACAGGGGGGAGAGGGGUUAGGACUUGGGGGGGACGUGGAGGUCCAAUACCUCCACCACCUUUAUUAUCAAAAGGUCUUUCUAUCCAGGAGCAAACAAAGUGGUUCUACACUGCGGCUCUUGCCCUUCAGGAAGUCGUUUUGAACAAAUGGAGCAAAGGACAAAAAUUGAGAGAGGUGCUUCUGAUCAAUGUUCCGAGAUAA